GCACCCGUCCGAUUCCGCCCCCACGUGACCCAAACAGAUCCGGGCACUUCCGCUUCCCCUCGGCUUUCUUCUCGUCAGUGUCCGCGGCGGGUCCGGAGCCGGUUAAGUCCCCGCGGAAGCGGCGGUGGUGGCGCCAUGGCGGAGCUGACGGCUCUGGAGAGUCUCAUCGAGAUGGGCUUCCCUAAGGGACGCGCGGAGAAGGCUCUGGCCCUCACGGGGAACCAGGGCAUCGAGGCUGCAAUGGACUGGUUGAUGGAGCACGAAGACGACCCCGAUGUAGACGAGCCGCUAGCGACCCCCCUUGGACAUGUCCUGGGCCGGGAACCCACCUCCUCGGAGCAAGGAACCAGCUCUACCGCCGGAGAAGGCAAACCCGUUUUGAGUGAAGAGGAGAGACAGGAACAGACUAAAAGGAUGUUGGAGCUGGUGGCCCAGAAGCAGCGGGAGCGGGAAGAGAGAGAGGAGCGAGAAGCAUUGGAACGGGAACGGCAGCGCAGGAAACAAGGGCAAGAAUUAUCAGCCGCUCGACAGCGGCUCCAGGAGGAUGAGAUGCGCCGGGCUGCUGAGGAGCGGAGGAGGGAAAAGGCGGAAGAGUUAGCAGCCAGACAAAGAGUCCGAGAAAAGAUUGAAAGAGACAAAGCAGAGAGAGCCAAGAAGUAUGGUGGUAGUGUGGGUUCUCAGCCGUCACCACCAACAGAGCCGGGUCCUGUUCCUUCCUCUCCCAGCCAGGAGCCUCCCACCAAGCGGGAAUAUGACCAGUGUCGCAUACAGGUCAGGCUGCCAGACGGGACGUCGCUGACCCAGACGUUCCGGGCCCGGGAGCAGCUGGCAGCUGUGAGGCUCUACGUGGAGCUCCACCGCGGAGAACCCGGAGGGGACCAGGACCCCGUGCAGUUGCUCAGUGGCUUCCCCCGGCGGGCCUUCUCAGAGGCGGACAUGGAACGGCCUCUGCAGGACCUGGGACUCGUGCCUUCUGCUGUCCUCAUCGUGGCCAAGAAAUGUCCCAGCUGAGAGGCCUUCCUCCCACGGUCCCUCUCCGACCUCUUCAUGUUUGAUAAAGCACUGACAUCUCCUUCCUAAUAAAUAGACCCUCUGAGUUCUGUA